AUGACAACGCACAGCACAAUGGGGCUACUCUACACAAUAUCUGAAUCACAUGGCGAAAGUCCUUCCAUAUCCCCCCAGAGUGCAGGAACCCUCACACCUGUGGAUCAUGAUACCCAAGGUAAACGGCAAGACAGUCACACAGCUAUCAAAAAUGGAACGGUCAAAAAAGGCAAAACCAACCUGCGACUGGCACAACUAAGAGGACAGAUUCGAGCUCAGGUCAGAGAGCACAGCCCCAGGAAUCAAAUGAUAGAACUGGUGGAUAAGGUAACCCAUGGAAAAGGAGAUACAAGGGCUUAUCCUGAGGAAAGCAAGAAUCACAAAACAAAAGAUGGUAAAAAGCUUUGUCAGUGCUCAAGCCCAACAUGCCUUGUCUCAGAGCUGGAGGGGAAUCUGCAUACAGAGCUGACUGCACUACGGCUGGAGAUGAAGUCUAGUAUGGAGACGUUAAGAACAGAGCUACGUGAAGAAAUAAGGGCACUCCACAAAGAUGUAAAGGUGUGCUGCCAUCACUGUCCAGCCAAAGACACCGUGCUGCCACAAGCAUCCGAGAAGCAUCCUGAGUGGAAAAACGUCUUUAAGAAGGUUAACCGUAAAGAAGAACAAGAGGCACAUGUGCCAGUCAGAUUAGAUGGGCAGAUAAAAGCAAAGUCUGUGCCAUCCCUGCUUCCUCAGUCAGGUCCUAGCAGGAACCAAGUGCUUCUAAGAGCCAUGACCACCAUUGCAGCUAAAAAUGCUUUGGUAUCAAGUGUAGGGAAAAGAUCAGACUCUGAUCCUGUGCUGCCUUCUGCCACAAAGCAAAAGCACAAGCCAGCUAGCAAGUCACAAGAAGCAACAGGCAAUGGACAAUGCAAUGCGAACUGGAAUCGAAAGUUCAACAAUGGAACCGUGGCUCCUCUGCCACAAAAUGGAGUUUCUACUGCUAAAGCGCAUUGA